AAGAAGAAGAAGAAAAAAAACAGAAACGGAAAAGACAAAACAAAUACAAAGAAAGAAAACAAAACAAAAUAACGAAAAUGGGCGGUUGCGCAACGAAACCCGAGGCCAUCAACCCGGGUUCGGCGCUGGACAGGGUCAUCUCUCAAGCAUCGAGUGACGACUGUGUCCUCUAUCGCCUCGCGGACUACAAGAAAGGAGAACGUCUGAUCGAGGAAUACAACCGAGGUGGAGGAAAAGAGGUAGAGAGGCUGAUUCUGGAGGAGUUUGGCGUCUUCAUGUACAACCACGGGAGGGGGAUGGAGAUUACACGGACGGAAUACCUCAAGUGGAAGUAUCGUAAUGUGCCCAAGGAUCAGCUCGUCGUCCACAUGGAUAACAAGAGUCCCUUUAACCCUUUGAAUAAAUGGGAAGACCACGAGGCAUGUUGGCAGAUGCAGUUCCGAGGAUCGUUGGGCGAGACGCUCCUCCACGUCCUCAUCAUGUGCGACACAAAAGCUCACACUCGAGUGGCUAAGAUUCUGCUCAAGUGCUUCCCCAAGCUGGUUGUGGAUGUGGUCGAGGGGGAGGAGUAUCUGGGUGCCAGCGCUCUCCAUCUUGCAAUCGCCUACAGCAACAAUGAACUGGUUACCAUACUUCUUGGUUGCAAUUCAGACUUCGGCCAAAGAGCUAUUGGUAAGAUAAGCAUAGAUAGAGAACAAGAGGUGACCCGCCCGCCGGGGCCCGAAACCCCCAAUUACAAAGGGACUGGUUUAAACCUCGGGGAAUACCCACUGGCUUGGGCGGCUUGCCUGGGUAACGAGACGGUCUACAACAAGCUCAUCGACUUCGGUGCGGAUCCCAACGCACAGGACACUUUCGGGAAUAUGAUUUUGCAUAUGGUGGUCGUCUGCAAUCAGCUGGGCAUGUUCUCCUACGCUCUCCGCCACCCUCGCAUCCCCGCGCAGGACGGGAUAAUGAACAUGGCCGGCCUCACGCCCCUCACCCUGGCCUGCAAACUCGCUCGCUCCACCAUCUUUAAGGAAAUGCUGGAACUUACCUGCAUCGAGUUCUGGCGUUAUUCGAACAUCACCUGCAGCGCCUACCCACUCAACGCCCUCGACACGAUCCGACCCUCGGGGGAGACUAUGUCCAAGUCUAAGUCAGUCGGGAGAAAUGUAAUGGUACUAAAGGAACGAUCAAGCAGUGUGACUCUACAGCAAAUAACCAGAACAAUACUCAAAACGAGGCAGAAUAAAAGAAAAGAAACACUCAAGACCAAUGUUGUCAUCACCAUAAAUCUUCCACUUGUGAACGAUGCCUAA